GUUUAAGGUCCCACGUGGUGGGCGCACUCACCAUCGAAAGCUUAGCUGGCUGCAGAGCGACUCUUGCAACACGCUGGGCCCGGGACUGCUGCACACAUGCCCUCCUACUCCCAAGACCACUUCGCUGGCCUGGACCUGGACGACAUCAUGUGCAAGCAACUGUUGAGCCUGGAUCUGAGGGACGCGGACAAUCAGCUGUCACCCAUCGGCCGAGCAAAGGCGAGUCCGGGCUUCAUCGGACAGCAACGUGGCUGCGACGCCUCGCUCUCCCUGGGGGCCCUCGCCCGUCUGGACGCGGGCCCCCCGGACGACGGCUGCCUGUCCUCCGGCAUGUGGGGGCCGCAGCCGGAGGGCCGACAAGCUCCCGGCCAGUGGCGCAAGCACGACUUCCUGUCUCAGCGCUCGCUCAGCAUGGUGGAGACCGGCACGGCGGCGGAGAGUCCGGGCUGGUCCGGCUCGGACGUGAUGAUGAUGCUGAUGAUGAAGGGCGGCCAGGAAGGCGUGGGUCCCGCCCCCAGCGUGUCGUCGUCCAACUCCUCCGCGUCGUCCCGCUACAAGACGGAACUGUGCCGUUCUUUUACGGAGAGCGGCACGUGCAAGUACGGCGGCAAGUGCCAGUUUGCCCACGGCCCCGACGAGCUGCGGGAUCUCAGCCGGCAUCCCAAGUACAAGACGGAGCCGUGCCGCACCUUCCACACCAUCGGCUUCUGCCCGUACGGGAUCCGCUGCCACUUCGUCCACAACAACGAGGAGGAAAUCGAUCACAUGUCGCGCUCCUCUUCCUGUUUCUCCUCCUCAAGCUUCGCCCUCCAGUCGCGGGCCAACAGAAUCCCGCUCAUGAGACAAAGCAUCAGCUUCUCCGGGUUUCCUACUCCGCCUCAGCACUCCCUUCCUCCCCCUCCUCCCGCCGCCUUUUUCGCACGUGGUCAGUCCGCCUCUCCCCCUUGCGCCGACAUCACCGACCUCCUCGCUCAGGUCUUUUCAGAGACAGAACCUACUACCCUCCAGGCCUCCGCCGCUCCGCAGUACCAACCCGCUUCCGCCGCGGAUCCCCGCUCUCCCUUCCUGCCGUCCCCGGACUCCGGCUGUUCGCCGUCCGGUCCGUCUCCGCCUCCGAGCCCCGGCGCCCCGCCGUUGUUCUCGCGGUCCCUCGGCACGCGGUCCCUGUCCUACGCCUCGCUGUCGGAUCAAGACCAGGACGGGGGGAGCUCGGCGAGCUCGCUUAGCGGACUGGAGUCCAGCAACGAGGGGAAACGCCUGGCCGUGUUCAGCCAGCUCUCCGUUCCCGAGGACGGUGCCGGGUCGGGACUUUAGGCGCAGGACCAGAAGUGUGCCAAGUACUACUCACUCGUUUGUAUAUAGAAGUGCUCCGGGUGCCACUCCUCCAAAGCCAAAGAUGUUGAGCUUUGUAGCGACUAGACUUGUUCAAGUACGGUAGGUAGGCCUCGCGACAAUGUUUUGUUGAGGUCUCCGGCCUUGAAAAACCGGAAGUUGUGUUUUUUAACACGUCUUAAAAAGUACCUGGGGUGUUACUGAGCAGGUUGCCAGGUUGUUCCUUCUUGUUAGAGGGUAUUUCUUUUCCCUAUAUACCGAUCAAGAGUAGCAUGUCUGGGUUUUUGACAGACAUCGGAAAGAAGAAAAAAAAGCUCAACAUAAGCCACUUCAAUUAAAGAAUUGAAUAGUGAAAUGUGAAGGUAUGUCCAUGUCAGUCUGCAUCCUUUUCAAUUAUUGAUGGCAAACAUUCCAAGAUGUUCUCGUUCUCUCGUGUUUGGUAUUAACUCUUUUUUUUUUGUUUUUUUUGUUGGGGUAUUGUAACGAUAGCGCUGCGGUUGUUGCCUGAGUCGAGCCACAUCUAGCACACUGUAGCCUUUCCCGAGCUAAUAAGCCUUUUAGAAAUGUUAUCAGGCUCUUUAUUUGUCUUUAAUGUAUUGUUAGAUCUUGUUCUGCUAUUUAAAAGGACCUUUUUUCACCGACGUGUUUUGAGGCUUGUGUUAGUAUUGUAGGUGAUAGCCUUGGUAAAUUAAUUUCUUUAAUUUAUUUUAACAUAUUUAUAGAGGACUUUUGAGUUGGUAAUGCUUGUAUCAAGUUUAAUAUAUUUGCGUUUCUUUUGCCAUUUUUUUUCUACUGGAAAUAAAGGUUGUUGUUUUUAUUAAAACUGUCUUAAGACCUUUUCUGACCC